AUACAAUAAAUAGCACAUAAAUAUUCGUAUUAAUAGUAAUUUAAGGUUAAUAAAGAGUGUGUGUCUACGCAGGUCAGAGAGGUCCUGAUGUCCCGGAGAGGAGCUCUCUGCUCCGGAGCUACGGGGGGUCAGAGCUCUGCUUCCAGCCCGAGAUCCAGCCCUGAUGCCCGGCUGCAGAGCACCGCGGGGGGUCCUGAUGGUCCCGGUGGUCUCGCAGGGAGUCCUGAUGGGGGUCCUGAUGGUCUCGCGGGGGGUCCCGGUGGUGCACGAGGCAGGCCGGCAGCAGCGAACGCAGCGCGCGAGAGGAGUCGCGUGCAGACCCUGCGCUCAGCCUUCCUCGAGCUCCAGAGGACCCUGCCCUCAGUGCCUCGCGACACAAAGCUCUCCAAACUGGACGUGCUGAUCCUCGCGACCACUUACAUCGCUCACCUGACCCGCACGCUGCACGAGGAGGGCGCGGAGCAGAGCGCGAGGCAGACGGAGGCGCUCACCUCUCUGAAGGGGGACGGGUACCUGCAUCCUGUCAAGAAAUGGCCCAUGAGGUCCAGACUGUACGUGGGCGCCAGCGGACAGUUCCUGAACCGAAACCCCUCAGAGUCGGAGAACCAAGAACCCUCGACCUCCCGCAGCAACACGGACUAACACCAUCUUCAUUAAAGGUCCCCUAUCCUCCUCCUCCUCUUCAUCAAUAUAUCCCAGGUCCC